CGAGGGUUCUAUUGCACGGAAACGAGCAGCCACGAUGAGCAGCGAAGUCCCAGUGAUGUCGAUGACGCCGACCCAGUUCGAGAUGGGGGAGUGCACAAAGCUGCAGCGCGAGUCGCUCAAGUGCAUCGAAGAAAACUACCGCCAGCGUGACAAGUGCAACGAGUUCUUUGAGCGCUACCGCGAAUGCAAGAAGGGUCGCCACGCAGCCAUCAUUGCGGCCCGGCGAGCGGGCAAGCUGGACUAGAGACUCGUUAUAGCCACACAUGGAUGCAAUCGCCUGUUAUUGCAGCUACCACGACCCCGCAGCGACGUGUAUUACAUGGACAACGUAGCAAUAUCAUGCAUCUUCGCGUUUCCCG